UGUACUUCGAACAGGUGCGCUCAGGGACAGGCAUCCGCAACCAACGGAAUGGUCGCCCGCGUCCUUUCUUUCUCUCUUCACUAAAUGUCGAUAGAUACAGGGCACUAAAAGUAGGCGUCGCCAGAACACACUCCAUUGUACGGCCAGCGGCAGGAAGACAGAGCGACAACAUGAGCGGCGGGGACCUGGACGCCAUGUCUUGCGCCAUGUGGGGCCGUGGCGCUGCGCCACAAAACGCCGUGGGUCUGCUGCUGGCCAUGGUCAACCUCGUGGUGCACGUGCCCUUCACCGACCUUCCCGAACUCCGGGACUACAAGCUGGGGGAGCUGCGGAAGCAGUACGACUACGUCAUUGUGGGCGGUGGUUCAGCGGGCUGCGUGAUCGCCAACAGGCUGUCGGCGGACCCCGACGUCUCGGUGCUGCUUCUGGAAGCUGGAGGACUGGAGACAGCCUCCAGACAAAUACCGGCCAUUGCCGGUAUGAUCAUGGGUGGACAUGAUGAUUGGGCCUACUGGACCGUGCCGCAGAAGAAUGCGUGUCUUUCUUAUUGGGAUCAGCGAUGUCCCUUGCCGCGAGGCAAGGUGCUCGGCGGAAGCAGCGUGAUAAACGCGAUGCUCUACGUGAGAGGCAACCGGCACGACUACGACCGUUGGGAACGAGAGUAUGGAGCAGAGGGCUGGGCAUACGAAGACGUGCUGCCGCACUUCAGAGACAUUGAAGACUACCGCGUGGGACAAAUUGAUGAGUACCACGCAGCCAGCGGUGAGGUGCCGGUGGACUACGCCAACACCAGCACGCCUCUGAGCGACAUCUUCCUAGAGGCGUGCUGCCAGGCUGGUUAUGCCAUCGGCGACUACAACGGACCCAAACAGUCAGGCUGCUCACGAUUGCAGACCAACGUCAAGGAGGGCGAGCGCGUGAGCGCCUGGAAGGCCUUCAUCCAGCCCAUCAUCGGCACCCGCGAGAACCUCCACGUGGCACCGUUCAGUCAGGCAACUAAGGUGAUCUUCGAAGGAAGCCGCGCCGUGGGUGUUGCGUUCACGAGGUUCGGCGAACCGCAGAAUGUCUCUGCCCGGCUCGAGGUUAUUGUCUCCGCUGGGGCUGUGGGAUCUGCCCAACUCCUUCUUCUCUCAGGUGUGGGCCCCAAGGAGGACCUCGAGCGCCUACAGAUUCCUGUGGUGGCCGACCUCGCAGUUGGGCGAAGCCUUCAAGACCACCCACUCUUGCCCAUGGCCGUGCAGACAAGCACGGAUAACGUGGGCAUUCCGUCUUUCAGUCUACGGGACAUCGCUGAGUACGAUAGCAACCGAUCCGGUACUAUUUCAAUCCCGGCAGGCAUCGAAGCUCUCCAGUUCUUAAGCUCCGAGAACGCGGCUGAUUCCGACAUACCCGAUAUUGAAGUGACUCUCACUUCGAGUUCACCAGCCACGGAAGCAGACAGGGCUCAGCAACUCAACUUAGGCAUUUUGCCAGAGGAUUAUGAUAGCUACUACGGCCCAAGGCUCAAUGAACCGGGAUUCCGAGUGUCCAUUACUAAUAAUAGGCCGAAAUCACGUGGACACAUUACUCUGCGUUCCACGGAUCCGAAUGAAUACCCGGAUAUCAACCCCGGCAUUUUUCAACACCCAGAGGACAUUAAAGUUGCUGCUCAAGGUACGAGGGUCUUCAUCGACUCGAUGCUCAGCACAAACGCGAUGAAGAGCAUCGGCGCCAAGCCUUGGGGCGUCACCUUUUCACCGUGUGCUGAGGCAGGCCACCAGUGGAGUUUGGGGUACAUCGAGUGCCUUUUCCGCCAUUGGGCGUAUCCAUCCUGGCACACCUGCUGCAGCGUGCCGAUGGGUUCACAUACGGAAGCGGUCCUGGACGAAAGGCUCAGGGUUCGAGGCAACGUGACAGGACUGCGAGUGGCCGACGCCUCCGUGAUGCCCGAUAUCGUGAGCGGCAACACUAACGCGCCGAGCAUGAUGAUCGGCAACAAGGCGGCGGAGAUGAUAAUACAAGACAACGCACUUUAAUGACAAAAGCAUUGGCAGACUCUCUCAUGACGAACAGU